AUGCCGUAUAACCUACUGAUAGACCGGACAGACGAAGCGACCCACAAGCGUCGACACGCGAUAGAUACACAUACACACCUAAGCCCAAUGAGACAUCCGAAUAAGCGAACGAAGACAUGCCUUACAACAGGCAGCGAGAUGAAGAUGGGCACAAACACGGCUGUGGAAACGCACUCUCCGGGUAGGAUACGUGAUCCUUCACACAGUCUGAACAGUGGCCGAGGCGUGUCCAGUCCCUUGAAGACUACCACCUAUACACAGGGGAGGGGUGUCCUGAGCAGGGCACCUGCACCUCAAGAUGCAGACGAUACGACCGCAAGAAAAGGGCAGGCACUGACCAGCAGCCCGUUUGCCCCGGCAUUGACCGGCAGUCCGUUAUCCGCGAGAACGAGGACAGGCACUUCUAAGCCAUCGGACCGAAGUCUUGGUUGCAGCACCACACCGGGUGGUAGACAAAGUGAUGGACGGCCCAGGAAUAGCUUGAGCGCGCAUGGGAACAACAAGGGAAACCUUACACAACACUCUCCCAACCCAGUACUAACCACCCAAAACAACACGACGACUACCACCACCCCUACCCCUACCACCAAGCCACGCAGCGACAGCGGCGUAGCAGUCAACGGCGGUGCGGCAGGGCAGGCUGGUGUGGACUAUAGAGCUCGAGCGAGCGAUAACAAGCGAAAAGGGACAGCUGUGGCACACCCCAGGUGUACGACCAAGGCCAAGGCAACACCGGCAGAUGUUAAUAGGCAGACACGGCAGGUGAACACACUCAUAGGAGCGCCAAGGGACGCAGUCAGCAGUACAGCACAGAGACGUGUGCAUGUAAGUGGUUGCCUGUGGCUGUCCCGUGUUUGCAGUGUUGGUGUCACGUCUGCACCCGAGCUAACCCCGGAGCAGCGUGCAGUGGUGGGCCGUUUGAAGCGACCGGGGCAAGCGGUUCCUGGAGGCGAGAUCUUGAUAGUCAACUCAUGUGCCGGCAGCGGGAAAACCACCACACUCGUGGAAGUGGUUGUCCAUGCGCUUGUCAUAGGCCACACAGGCGUGCGCGUGUGUUCGUUCUCUAAAGCGGCGAAGAUUGAGUUUGAGGGGCGUCUCCUGGCCAGAAACGCACCCCAUCAUAUAUCCCUUACAACGCACAGCAUAGCUAUGCGUGCACUCGGAUUGCAGCAGAACGGCACAGCCACCUCUAUUAUUACGGACGAUGGCAGGCUUAACAAGAAGAUAGAGUCCAUCUGCAGUUCGAGGAUAAGCUCAUUCAUCGCAAACAUCGUGAAGAAGAAAGCCGCGGCCAAAAAUACCGUCGUCACCUUUAUCAGGAAAACGUUACAACAGUUCUUUCAGUCAGUGGAUACCGAGGUCCAGCCCUAUAAAGAGGCGCUUGACUACCACAAAACAAAUAAAUUAGGCCUACCCGUCAAUCCGGGCAGGUUCUAUGAGCAGGCCGCGGAAGACGUCUGGACGUACUGCGACUGCACCAAAUUCGGGUUCAGGAAUCAAAUGAAAUCGGGACGAAUCUCGAAUAAUAAUAACAGUAAUAAUAAUAAUAGUAAUAAUAAUAAGGCGUCGGCUUGGAAUUUCCAUACGCACGACAGCUAUAUGAAAUGUGCUCAGUUACAGCUGUUGCCCAUAGACUGCAGUCUCCUGCUGGUAGACGAGAGCCAGGAUUUAACUGCCUGUCAGAUCGACUGGUUAGCCGGUCAGGCCCAGACACACAACAUACAGAUCUUCUUUGUGGGCGAUGCCGCACAGGCCGUGAUGGGCUUCAGAGGAGGCAACCCCCGAGCCUUGAUGUCUAUCAAAGACCAGUACAGAAAUGUCCACCAGCUGCACCUGACCCGUAGUUUUAGGUUCGGGCCCCAGAUCGCCUUCGCCGCGAACCGGCUUCUGUUCAUCAAACAGCACUCGCAUCAGUGUGUACUCUUCGAGCCCUACCGCGUCGUGGGAGGGUCGCAGAAUAAGCACCCACAUGACGGAAUAAGCCGCACCAGCCUGGUUGCGCAGCGGAAGUUCCCGUGUGCCGUGGUCACUCGCACCAACCUACAGAUGGUCGAGGCCUACUUCGACAUAGUCCAGGGCUUGUCCGAGGGGGAGACACUACGGUGGGCGGUGAGUGAGGGUACUGAGUCGACUUUGAAGAGGGCCGUGCGCGAGUGUCUGAUGUUUGUGGACGUGUUUACGGAACACAAGGACUCGCUACCGCUGGGGAUUUUCAGGGGGUAUGUGGGACUGACCUGGGAUCGGGUGCGAGAGACGGUCGAGGACAAUGAGAAUAACUGUGACUAUAGCAUGUAUGUGAACUUUGUGACUGCGCAUAAAUAUAAUGCUGAGAGGCGGUUGCGGGAGUUUGUGCACAUGAUGGACAGGUGUGGUAGGGCCACCGGGGAUUGGGACGUGAAGCUUAUGACUAUACACCAGGCGAAGGGCCGCGAGUGUGCCUACGUGGAGAUCUUCGGCAACCUCAUGGCUCUUGCCAAGUAUGAGGUGGAUGUGCUUGAGGACAAAUCCGGUAGCGUAGAUCCUGGCGAUAAGUCCCGGAGAUUCAACACCGCCAACGAGGCCAGGCACGGACUGGGCUUGGACCGGUGCCAGGCCAGAUUUGCGUGUACAGUGGAGCAGAACGAUGAGAUUGACCUGUACUACACCGCAAUAACUCGAGCCCAGAAGGAGGUGUUCGUGCCGGAUUCUUUCUGGGGGGUCAUGGAAGACAUGGAGGAGCUUAGUGAGUUUGUGUACGGGUGCAAACAGGCUCAGGACGUGACUCGGAAGCUGGUGCUGCCCGGGGACAAUAGAAAGGUUUGGACUAUGGUCGAGGCCAUGGCUUUGUACAGGGACAUUUACCUACCCAUGUUGCAAGAUAUGAGAGACACAUGUUGUGCAAUAACUGAGUGACGGGGUUGCCUGCACAUGCCGCGGUGUUGUAGCCUUGCUGGCGAUUGAUGAGCUAAGUUGUAUUCUCUAUAGGAUGGACUGCCCAAUGCAUACACACACACGUCCAAGCGUUCGUAAGUUGGGGCACGAAGCUGGAUAUUGUAAUGGCCUAGUUGCACUGGUAUCUAAGGAGGAUGGCUUCUACUUUGCUCACGAACACGUAUAACGGAAAGCCCGCUCCACGAAAUCUGAACGAAUAAUGACAGUCAAGAAAGAUGGUAUUCUCGUGGGAAUAUGCCGUUACAGCUGUUUCGUAAAACCGUUUAAAGAACACAGCUGAAUGUAGGAAAGCGAGUGGGAGAUCAACUGCGUUGCGUGAAGUGCGCUGGGCAACCUGUACUGAGGCUCGUUAUCUAUCUACAACAUCGUCCAUAGCUCUAAAUAGAGAAUUGUAACAAUCUUAAGACCAAACUUUCUUAUACUGGGGUGGAUAUCAUCAGCGGCAGUUGGAUGUGCGCAGUUGGGUCUCAUUAUCCCUGUCUGUCGAUGCCUGCAUGCUGGACCUUAGGCGUCUCAUUAGCCAGUCGAG